GAUCAUUGGGUUCCCGUCAAUCAUAUUCCCAUCCUACUCUCAAUCCAUUUUCUCAAAUUCCCACCAUACAGACACAUUCAUCCCGUUUAGACUACAACGGGUAACCUCAUUUCCAGUUGCGUUUCUUCAAAGCGGAAACAGGCCAUGGCCGCCGCCGCCGCUAAUCCCCGCCCGCUCUACUCGGAUUCCAACCCUACCCAGCCCCACCGCUUUGUCUUCUCAGCCGAUUUCCCCCCCAAAAUCUCACUCACUCCUGAUCAGUUCAACUUCUGUUCUGAGGCUCUCAAAUUAUUCUCCGAAAAGCUCCAAACGCCCCUCGAAAUCAUCCGCGAGUUCUCUCUCUUGCAGGCAAAUAGGGUUACAUCUUCGGAGAAGAUGAGGAGAUGCACAGUUGGUCUUAACGGUGUCAAUAUGGAAAAGAAUAGAUACACCGAUGUCGUACCAUUUGACGCUAAUAGGGUAGUUCUUAAUUCAUGUAAAGAUUACAGACCAGCUUCAAUGGGUUAUAUCAAUGCUAGCUUUAUCACGACUUCUUCUUCGGGAAACAUCUCUCAGUUUAUAGCCACACAAGGUCCCUUGCCUCACACUUAUGAGGAUUUCUGGGAGAUGGUUAUCCAAUGUCAUUGCCCUGUCAUUGUGAUGCUUACUCGUUUGGUUGACAAUUAUAAGAUGUUAAAAUGUGGAGAUUAUUUUCAAGCAGAAGAUGGUCCCAAACAAUUUGGCAAUAUCUGUAUUGAUACUAAAUGGAUACAAGCGACAAAAACGUCAUUAUUGCUACGCAACUUGGAAGUAAAUUAUAAAGAGUCAAAAGAUCCACCACUAUCUGUUUUGCACAUUCAGUAUCCUGAUUGGCCUGACCAUGGAGUUCCCACUGACGCACUUGCUGUCCGUGAAAUCUUGAAAAGACUAUUACAAGUACCAGUAAAUAUUGGUCCAAUAUUGGUGCAUUGCAGUGCAGGUAUCGGGAGAACUGGAACAUACUGUGCAAUUCAUAACACUGUCCAGAGAAUCCUCAUUGGGGACAUGUCUGCGCUAGACCUUGCUAAUACCUUAUCUAUAUUCAGGUCCCAGCGCAUUGGAAUGGUUCAAACCAUGGAUCAAUAUUUUUUCUGCUACAAAGCUAUUGUUGAUGAAUUGAUGGACCUCAUCUCAGACUUCAGCGGUGAACACAAUUCAAAAUGCUAGAUGUCCCAACGAAAGCUGAUUCCGGGUAAGACUUCUAGAAAUUAGAUAUUUGCUUAUUUCUCAAUGGUUGGAGAACCGCAUAUUCAAUGAUGUUUCUUGCAUAUCUUUGCUCCUAAAGUAUCAAGGGGUUGACACGGCAAUACUGGAAAUAAAUAGCAUUGCUAAUCAGUUGACUUUAUUUUCACUGUUGCUGAAGUUGGUAUAAAAAUUAGGAAUAUGAACAAAAUUAAACUGUUUACCCAUUCCUCACCCAGAUUGUACUUGGUUCUGAACCACCGAAAAGAACAAGAUGUACUUCAGAACUGGUCUUUUUCACGAGCACUGAAUUAUGUUAAAUGUGAUUUGUGGUCUACGUUUCAGCAGCUGCCCACAAUGUUAGAGAAACUACAGGUAGUAUUUUUUCUUUGAA